AUGCGUUUGCAAGUGGUCACCGCCGUCGCCGCGUGGGCUGUUACCUCGGCCUGUCAGAACCUGUGGACUCGCGACACCGAUUACAAGGAGCUCAGCGAGAAGCUUUCUACCUCUGCUAAGGUUUACUACCCUGGCUCCGACGAAUUCGAGAAGGCGUCCGUCCGGUGGUCGAAUUUGGAGACUCCCACCGUGAACGUCGUCGUCGUCCCCGGCACGGAGAAUGAUGUCGUCGAGACGGUGAAAUUUGCCAACAAGAAGGAAUUGCCCUUCCUGGCUUACAACGGCGCCCACGGAGCUAUUACCACCCUUGGUCAAAUGACCAAUGGUAUCGAAAUUUACCUGAACCAGCUCAGCGGCGUUGAGGUCGCCGAGGACGGAAAGACGGUUACCAUUGCCGGUGGAACCAAGUCUAAGUUGGUGACUGACACGCUUUGGGAUGCUGGAAAGCAGACCGUCACCGGAACUUGCGAAUGUGUCAGCUACCUUGGUCCCGCUCUGGGUGGCGGUCACGGCUGGCUUCAGGGCCACCACGGUCUGGUUGCUGACCAGUUUGAGUCGAUGAACAUCGUGCUUGCCAACGGCACCUUGGCUACUCUGGACUCCAGCUCUGAGCUCUGGUGGGCCGUCAAGGGUGCCGGCCACAACUUCGGCAUUGUCACCUCCGUCACCUCCAAGAUCUUCGACAUCGAGCACAGUGACUGGGCCAUCGAGACCAUCACCUUCAGCGGCGACAAGGUCGAGCAGGUCUACGAGGCUGCUAACAAGUACCUCCUGAAGGAUGGCAGCCAGUCCGCCGACGUCAUUAACUGGUCGUACUGGCUGAACAACCCCGAUGCGGAUGCUAGCAACCCCGUCAUCAUCAUGUACAUCAUCCAAGAGGGUGUUAAGACCGUCGACUCCGCCUACACUGCUCCCUUCCACGAGCUGGGUCCCAUCUCCACCGAACCCCAGAGCGGCAGCUACAAAGACCUUGCCGCAUGGACCAACAUCGCCAUGGACUCCGUGCCCUGCCAGAAUGCCGGAACCAUCAACCCGCGCUGGCCCAACUACCUCGAGAAGUACGACGUGGCCGCCCAGAAGAAGGCCUACGAGCUCUUCGCCGACAACGUCCGUGGCUCCUCCGCAUUCAACGGCUCCAUCUUCAUGUUCGAGGGAUACUCCAUGGGCGGCGUGAAGGCCAUCGACGCCGAGAGCACCGCCUUUGCUUUCCGUGACGAGAACAUCCUCUCCGCCCCCCUGAUCACCUACGCGCCUGGUGGCGCCGAGCUGGACGAGAAGGCUGCCAAGCUGGGUAGCGAGCUCCGUCAGAUCCUGCAGGAUGCCAGUGGUACUGAGAAUGUCCGCGCGUACGUCAACUAUGCAUUCGGUGACGAGGGCGCCGAGGGCUGGUAUGGUAGCGAGAGCUGGAGACAGAGCCGCUUGCAGAGCUUGAAGACGAAGUAUGAUCCUAAUGGCAUGUUCAGCUUCUAUGCGCCGAUUGCUUAG